GUCCUCCAGAGUUCCACUUGCUAUUAAUCUUCUUCAGUUAUAAAUACUCUUGUUGUUAACAGAAGCAACUCAUCAAAUCCAUCUGUGUCUACUUGGCUUAAACCACAAGCUUGCACAAACAUCCAACACCAUAAAAAGCACUAUUUUGCUUCCACAUUUAAGCUAGCAAUGGCGAUUUCAGUGCCUUCUCCCCGUCUGGUACUUAUGGCACUGGCAAUGGCCGCUGUCUUGGUUAUGCCAGUUGUUUACGGUCAAAUUGGUACGCCUUGCACUGCUGCUACAAUUGCGAGCUUCAGCCCUUGCAUGAACUUUCUCACCAACAGCACCGCCAAUGGUACUGCACCAACUGCAGACUGUUGCAAUUCACUUAAGAAUCUCACAAGUACCAGCAGGGACUGUAUGUGCCUCAUUGUAACUGGAAAUGUUCCCUUCCAACUACCAAUCAACCGUACUCUCGCCAUCUCUCUUCCUCGUGCUUGCAACACCCCUGGCGUCCCACUCCAAUGCAAAGCCACCGGUGCACCUCUUCCUGUUCCAGGUCCUAACUCUCAAGCACCAACUUCAUCUCCUGGAGCUUCACCAUCUGGCAGUCCCACAGCUUCUACUGUCCCUGAACCCAGCUCAUCUGCUGAAUCACCAGAAUCAGACACAACACCAUCAUCAACAGGGGGCUCUGAAGCUCCAACAUCUACUACUGGGAGCCGCCCAGUUCUGACUCCGACUCCAUCAGCUUCCAUACCAUCUUACUCUCUAUCGCCUUCUCUUCUGAUAUUGGCUUCAGCGGUUCUGGUGUUGAAGUUAUACUAG